CUCGUGUCGCGUUUUUGCAUAAUAUUAAAAAAAUGAAUGAAAUUGGUCCGAUACAUUUGAAUAUUCAAACAAAGUUGACGGACUCCUUAAAUCCAACAACUCUAGAAAUAAUUAACGAAUCUCAUUUACAUGCAAGCCACCAAGCAAUGAAAAAUGUAAAGAGUAAAGAAACACAUUUUAGUGUAUCAAUUGUUUCAGAGAAAUUUGAAGGAAAAACAUUAGUGCAAAGACAUAGGCUUAUAUACCAACUUCUUGAUGACGAGCUGAAAACGGGUGUACAUGCGUUAUCAAUAAAAGCCAAAACGCCAAAGGAA